AAUGGAAUGAGUUGCUUCUUUGGAGAUUCAUAUUUAAGACUCGGUCCUAAGGGCACAAAGUUCAGUUUCUUUGUAGUCUUUGAGCGAGAGACAACGAUACUAGUGUUAAGCAUGGGCAAGUUAAAGUUCCUGACUCCCGAACAAAAAGAAUUCUGGAAAGAGAACGGUUUUCUCAAAUUAUCAAACGUAUUUUCUAAUGAAGAGUUUGACGAAAUCGAUAAAGAAUAUUCCGAGCUUUUUGCUCGUAAGCAGCAAGAAGAUUUGGCCGGUUUAGAGGCUGCCUGGAUCGGAGACGACAUGAAAAAGGCGGCUAAUAACAUCAACUACACUGUAAAAUCCGUGCAUAAUUUGCAAAUGCAUAGCGCAGUGUUCACACGGCUGUUGAUGAACCCAAAACUCCUGGAUGCAAUAGAGGACAUCUUGGAAACCCCUGAUAUUCUGCUCCAUCACACGAAAGCUCACCUCAAGCCACCAGAGAAGGGCGCUCCGUAUCUCAUGCACCAGGACUAUCCGUACUUUCCGUUCAAGAAGCACACCAUGUUAGCCGUGUUUGUGCACUUGGACGACACAACGCCGGAGAACGGAGGCCUCUGCGUUUAUCCAGGCAGUCACAAACUGGGUCCUCUCAAGGAGCGCGUACUCUACGACGAGCACAACGAGAAAUACAUGUACGCCGAUCCAGAUCGCUUUCCGAUUUCCGGUGCAACGCCAGUGAACGCCAAAAAGGGUGAAGUCAUUAUCUUUUCCUACUUACUGCUACACGGCUCGUACGUGAACACAUCCAAUCGGGUACGCAGAAUGUUUUUGGCACAACUCAGGUCCGCGCACGACGAACCCGUUCGAGAUGUUCACCAUAGCCAUUGCAUUGGGAUGUGCCUCCGUGGCCAGAACAUUGGGUUCCAAGCAACAAUGGCCACGCGAUUCGUUGACUCGUCUGUAAAUGGCUGAACGCCAUUUCUUUAUUGCCUUUGAUUUUCUUCAACUUGUGUAUGCCCAUAUAGUUAAUAAAGUUUCAAAUAUUUUCACGA